GUGCUCUGAUUCUAGCAGUAGCUCAGAACAUCAGAUCCGUUGACUGCUGUUCAUUUUCUCUUGAAAUGCUAGCACUGGGUGAGAGGAGAAGAAAUGAUUAGAGGGAAUCACAAUCACCGAAUCAUUUUUUUUUUGAGGGAAAUCAUAUCCUUGGCAGGAAUGGGCCUGGCUAACUUCCCUUAGGCCUUGUCUAAUGACAGGAUACGGCCCAGCCCAAAAUGCCGACGCAUCCCACACGAUCGCAGAUCGCUCGCUCGCUCGCUUCCAGGCCUAGCCAGGAAAGCCCGGUAGCCCAUUAGCCACCCGCAUCGCUCGCUGGACGCGCCGGCGGGCACGCACGGCAGCGCCACGCCCUCCACGCCGACGCCUGUAGUUGCUGCCGGCGACGGCGAGCCUGUGAGUCGCUGAUCUCUCGAGGGGGAACAACUAGAGCCAUCAACUCAUUUCAUACGCCUUCAUCACAUCUUGGUUGCAAUCUGCAGCGACAAUUCCUCGGCGGUGCUAGUCGAAUCCGUGCUCGCUUGCUCGUUUAAAUCCCGAGCUGCUCUCUCCCGCCUGAGGGAGGACCGGUCGUCCCCAUGGCGGGGAUCCUGGCGUGGGCGGCCGACGUGGUCGGCGGGGCAGGCGGCAGCGACGACGAGGCCGACGACGACGCGCGCGCCGCGGCGUCGGCCGCCAUGACCCCGGCCCAGCGGCUCCGCGCCGCCGACCUGGACGCGCGGGCGGCCUCGCUGCGCCGCUCCAUCCAGGACCUCCGCCUCCGGGUGCCCCCGCCGCACGUCGCGCAGCGGCUGCCCCACCUCCACGCCCACUCCCUCGCGUCCUCCGCCGCGCUCGCGCUCCAGCUCAACGCACACUCCUCCACCAAGGAGCAGACCCAGCAAAGAGAAGUAACUCUCCAAGAAGAAAAUGCAGCCUAUGAGAAAGCUAUAUCAGAGUGUAAACACAAAAUUCAGGAAAAACAGAUGGAGGCCAGUCAGCUUCAGAGUAAUCUGGAGGAAAUGGAAGUAACGGAGCAUAAUUUAAAGACACAGCUUGAAAAUGCUCUGAAGGAGCAGGAAGCUGCUCAACAUAAAGCAUCAACAGCAGCCUCUGGAACAACUGAAAAUGCUCUACUGGAAGCUAAAUCAGCAAUCAAUCUUAAAUCUAAAGAUUUGGAGGAGAAGAAAAGGGAGCUGGAACUAUUGGAUAACAAGGUGCAAGCAUUAGACAAAGAGUGGUCUGUGGUUGAAGAAGAAUCUUUAAAGAAACCCACUCCUGCACAAAGAGAGAAGGUCCUGGAGAGACAACUACAUAGCCUCAUCGAGCAGUUGACAUCUAAGCAAGCUCAAGCUGAAAUCCUGGCCACUGAUGUGCAUUCCAAAGAAAAGGAGCUGGAACGGCUGAAUCAUCUGCAUAGAAACCUCUACAGCAGUGCCAAUGAAACUGGCGCACCCCGGAGCCGCCUCAACAGAGGCCUUUUGAGCGGCCCUGAAGAUUAUUAUUACGACCCUAAAGGGGGUCGUAGAUCGUACCAGACUGGCGUUAGAACAGAAGGCCAGAACCGGCUGAUGAUCCUUAGGUCCGCAAUUGUACUGUAUGUUUUGCUGCUCCAUGUCGUCGUUUUCAUAAAGAUAUCAGUUUGAGAUUAUAUAUAUAUAAAAAGAUAUCAGUUUGAAAGCAGUUUGUACGCACUUCAUAAGUUCAUAUUCAUAGGAAAACAGAAACUUGGUUUUGUGUACCAAUCAUGCAAACGUUUCUGUGUAAAUAACUUGUGAGUAUGUGACCCCAUUGAUGGAUUUAUAGGAGAAUAUAUGAAAUAUACCUGCUGCCAUAUUUUGGUACUA